UUUUUGCAUCCAUGACUUUCAGGCAAUUGAAGACGGCAAUUUGGAAGAAAUGGAAGAGGAAGUCCGGCUUAAAAAGCGGAAGAGACGAAGAAAUGUGGAUAAGGAUUCUGGGAAGGAGGAUGGAGAGAAAGCUAAGAAAAGAAGAGGCAGACCUCCUGCAGAGAAAUUAUCACCUAACCCACCCAAACUGACAAAACAAAUGAAUGCCAUCAUUGAUACAGUGAUAAACUACAAAGACAGUUCUGGACGACAGCUAAGUGAAGUCUUCAUUCAGCUCACAUCGAGAAAAGAACUACCAGAGUAUUAUGAAUUGAUUAGGAAACCAGUGGAUUUCAAAAAAAUUAAGGAAAGAAUUCGCAACCAUAAAUAUCGGAGUCUUGGGGAUUUGGAGAAGGAUGUCAUGUUGCUGUGUCACAAUGCUCAGACAUUCAAUCUGGAGGGAUCACAGAUCUAUGAGGAUUCCAUUGUUCUUCAGUCUGUGUUCAAAAGUGCACGACAGAAGAUUGCCAAAGAAGAAGAAAGUGAGGAUGAAAGCAAUGAUGAUGAAGAUGAUGAUGAUGAAGAGGAGUCAGAGUCGGAAUCAAAAUCUGUGAAAGUCAAAAUCAAACUGACUAAAAAGGAUGAAAAAAGUCGGGAGAAAGGAAAGGGCAAGAAGAGGCAAAGCCGAGCAAAAGCCAAACCUGUUGUGAGUGAUGAUGAUAGUGAUGAGGAUCAAGAUGAAAAUGACCAGUCGGAAGCAAGCGGAAGUGAUGAUGAGUGAUCCAUAGGGUUUAUUUUCUUGGCAGAACUGACCCCUUCCCCUUCUCUUCUCCCUUCUCCUAUUUUACGCCCAGUGAAUUCAUUUUGUCAAAUAGACAUUGGGUUGUUUCUGUAUUCUCAUUCUCUAUAAAUUAGCUUUAGGAUAGUGCCAGACAAACAUAUGAUAUCAUGGUGUAAAAAAAAAUGAAAAAAAAAAAAAUAAAUGUUGUGACCAAAUGGGCCUCAAAGAUUUAAAAAACAAAACAAACAAACAAACAAAAAAAAAAACAACAGAAAAAAAGCUUUUGAUGGAAAAUGUGCGUUAGUAGUAUAUUUCUAUGGGCUGGAUUUAGCUUGAUAAUGGUUUGAUUUUGCCUGGUUUUAUCAUUUGAUAAGAAGUUUUUAAGUGGCAUCAGAAAGACAAAAAAAAAAAAAAA